UUCAUUAUUAUUGCUAUGGAUGGAUGCAUCCAUAGUCCCAUGCAUGAGGAAGAGGUUGCUCUCUCUUCUUCUUCUUCCAAUGUUAAUAUUCUUCUUACUUUAAUUUCCUCCCCCAAGAAGAGAAGUGUGGCAAGCAUUAUUUACUCAUGCAUUGAGUACUCCCAGAUAGUAGUAGUAGCCUUCUUGCCUUGUUGUUUGCGUUAAUUGUUUGUUUGCGUGCGGCGGCAAGACAACGCAAAAAGAAAGAAAAAAAGUUUUUUUUUAUUUUUUUUGAGGGGGGGCGCUCUUCUCUUGUGUUGGUUUGCUUGCAGUGCGGGGGAAGAAGAAGAAGAAGACUCACCUGGAGCUGAGGCAAGGUCUCUUCUCCAACUGGCAAAGCUAAUAAGCUAGUCCAUGUCCAUGUCGUUGCUUGGAAUCGCUGCCUUACGCCCCCGGAGAAGCAACUUGCAUUAUCAGCAACAACCAUUUCUUUGAUAUAAGCCAAGCACCUCCCUCCCUCUGCUUCUCCAUUACCACCUCCUCUUCCUCUUCCUUGCCGCUGGCUGAGCAAGUUGAUGAAAGGGGCCAAAAGUUUUGAGAGAUUGAGGCGGUGAAGAAACCCCAAAACAGGAUUCCAAGUGACCCAAGACAGAAAAAGGCUCUCUUGCACCUAUGGUGAUAGCUUCUGGAGCCAUUGACAGGAGGCACCUGUCGCCGUUCGCCCCAGCGUCAGACUCGUCGUCUUCAUUCUUCUCCCAGGACCUUGUCCCCACAGAGAGGCAAGUUGGAUUUUGGAAUUCGGAGUCAAUGGUGGACCAGAAAGGGAGCAAGUCAGUUUUUGCUUCUCCACUUGAAAAGAUCCAUCCCAAUGGAGCAAAUCAUGCAGGAGGUCUGGAGACUCCAGGAGGUCAAGCCUUCAAGGGCCUGGACAUCCUUAGCCUCAGCAAUUUGAUGGGGCAAGAAAAUGCUUCAGGUUCACCAUCAAUUUCUUGGGAUGAGAUCCUCACAAACCCCAUAUCAAAGCUUGGCUUGUCGACAAGAAAGUCAGCUUUUGUUGAACCAGCUACUGCUGAUCAGCAUCUGCCUGGUUAUGGGAAGGGACUUUCAUCCAGCUCCCUCUCUGAAGUAUUCAAUGCGAGAGAAAUAGCAAGUGGUGUUCUUUGUCAAUCUGCUGGGCCACAUACCUCCAUCUGCAAUGGUGAUGAGCCUCUAGAAUCUAUGGAAGAGAUAGAGGCUCAAACUAUUGGAGAUCUGCUUCCUGAUGAUGAUGAUGAUUUAAUAUCGGGAAUUGCCGAUGGCUUUGAAUUUACUGGCCUGUCCACCAAUCAGGAUGAUGCUGAUGAAGAUAUAUUCUGCACUGGAGGAGGGAUGGAACUUGAAAACAAUGAUUCCAUCAAAGGUGACAAAGUUCAGGAUGGAUCCUUCAAGAGCCAAUUUUCUGCAGGACAUUUCAUCAAUAAACAAUCCUCCCGAACUCUUGUAGUCAGAAAUAUCACUGCUAACAUCGAGGAUUCUGAUCUAACUGUUCUGUUUGAGCAAUAUGGGGACAUAUGCAUGCUCAACACCACCUUCAAGUAUCAUGGGUUUGUAACAGUGUCUUACUAUGACAUAAGAGCAGCACAAAGCGCAAUGAAAGCACUCCAUGCCAAGCCCUUGGGGAUGAUGAAACUUAAUGUGCAGUUUUCCACUCCUAAGGAAAAUGUUCCAAACAAGGAUAUUGAUAAGGGAGUAUUGGUGGUAUCUAACAUUGAUUCGUCCAUCUCCAAUGAUGAUCUUCACCAAAUAUUCAGUGUUUAUGGUGAUGUGAAGGAGAUUUCCAGCUCUGCUAUAAGCUGCACUAAGAAGUUUGUAGAGUUCUAUGAUGUUAGAGCAGCCGAAGAAGCACUACAUGACCUUAAUAAGGGUGAUAUUCCAGGUCCAAAGUUCAAGGUUGAACUUAACCAACAUGGAGAGGCAAGAUCUUGCUUGAGGCAGCAACAUGAUAGAGAUUGGAAGCAACACGAUUUGCCUCACCAACCUAAAAACUCUUCACCUGGGACCAUUGGAAAGUUGGGCAGCAAAUUUCAGGAGAACAGUGCCCUUCAUAAUUUAUUUUCUCCAGUUAACCCACAACUAGAGAGCCCAACCCAGUGCAUCUCUACUACUUGUCCUCAAAUGCUAUCGUCACCUAUCGGAAUUAAAUCAACACUUAAGCACAAUAAUCAAGCUCCUAUUGGUGAUUUUAGUGGCUCACUUGGUCAAGGAAACUUUGGACAUGGAAUACAGACCCUCCACUCACGCUCAUUGCCAGAGCAUCACAACAGCAUUUGUAAUAGCUCAAAGUCCAUAACAGUAAGUGGGAGGAAUGCAAACUCUAGACAAGAUGGAAUGGAUAGCAAUAUCCAUAAGGUGGGCUCUGCUGGUUUUUGUGGCCGUUCUUUUGGUCGAAAUAAUGAAGCAUUUGGCUUUACUGAAAUCAGAAGUUGCCCUCAUCAUGGACAUCACUACAACUGGAGUCAUACAAAUGUUUUUCCACAAAGCCCCUCAGCUCCAAUAUUGUGGUCGAACUUGCAGCACCCAAUGCGCAUGAACAGUUAUGCUGGCGUUCCACCUCACAUGCUUAACACAGGUACUCAUCCUAUGGACCAGCAUCACUUGGGUUCAGCUCCUGAGAAUGGAGGCAGUUUCGGAAAUAUGCACUCUUUUCAUCCAGGAUCUCUUGGAAGCAUAGGAUUGCAUGGUAGCCCUCAGUUAUAUCCAUCAGAAUUCUCUGUCUUUGCAUCCAACGGAGGACACUUUAGGGAGGCUAUGUUCUCCCCAGUUGGUACUGGAUUUCCAUCCCUUCAGCAUAUGUGCCAUGCAAUCAAUGAUCAAAACCCUUUGAUCCAUGUUUCCACUUCAUACGAUGCUACUAAUGAUCGGAUGAGGAGCCGCAGACAUGAUGGAAAUGCUGCACAGUCCGAAAACAAACGGCAAUUUGAGCUUGACAUUGACCGCAUAGGAAAGGGUGAAGACUCACGUACCACCCUGAUGAUCAAAAACAUACCAAACAAGUACAACUGUAAGUUGCUUUUGGCUGUGAUUGAUGAGAACCACCGUGGAACCUAUGAUUUCAUCUAUCUUCCAAUUGAUUUUAAGAACAAGUGUAACGUGGGCUAUGCUUUUAUCAAUAUGACUGAUCCACAGCACAUAAUUCCAUUUUAUAAGACAUUUAAUGGCAAGAAAUGGGAAAAGUUCAACAGUGAAAAGGUGGCAUCGCUGGCAUAUGCCCGUAUUCAGGGAAGGAGUGCUUUGAUUGCGCACUUUCAGAAUUCGAGCCUGAUGAAUGAAGACAAAUGGUGUCGACCUAUGCUUUUCCACAAAGAUGGUCCAAAUGCAGGAGAUCAGGAGCCUUUUCCUGUGGGGAACAAUGUCCGGUCCAGGGCUGGGAGAAAUAGGUCAGUCAUCAGCUUGGACGCUAAAGAUGGAAAUCCAUCAACCUCCCCAAACCAAGAAACCAAUUCUCAUUCUGUUGGCAACGCCGAGUCCGACCUUGGAGCAAACCUAAACCACUAACAAGAGGCUGUGUGAUUCCCAGUUU